CUGAAAUCGGUGGUUUGGGCUGCACCGUCUGUCUCCUGUGAUUCCGCUCUCAUCUUCUACUCUCAUCUCUUCUGCUCAACGAUGAUGGCGACGGCUACCAAAACUGUUCGGAUGUAUAUUCUGAAAUCCUGCACUGUACAUUAAAGUUUCCCCAUAAUUUCUCUUUACAUCUCUAUCUUCCCCUCAUCACCUUUUCCCUCUCUUUCUCUUUUAUUUUUUUACUUCAACUUAACUUGCAAGGAGAUGGGAGUCUCUGCUCCGUCUGAGAUCCAGCCAUUCUGCUUUUUCUCCUCUUCAUCAAGAAACAGAAUCAGCCUCUUCCUUCUCCCACUUAUCCUUCUUCUCAUCCUCGCGCUCAUCUAGUUACCGAUGCCUGUUGCAUCUCAGCUUUCCCCUAUCUUUCAAAUUUUACCGCCAUAUGGUCAGGGAGCAGUCGGGGAUGGGUUGAACUUCUUUGAUUCGAGUUCUUGGUGGGUGGAAAUUGGCGGAAGAUAGAACUCUGGCAACUGGUUCGUCUGAUUUCAUCAUAUUGUAAAUAAGAUCCGCUCUCUUGAGGUAUUUUGGGUUCUCAAGAGGGGUUUGCUCUUUUCUCUGGAGUUUAUCAAAGAAUUUUUGCUUGGUCACCUUCUUGUAUUUUCUUGCCUUGGAGGAAACCGAGGGCUUGUUCUUUUUACAGAUUAGUAAAGUUUCUGCUGACAACUCCUCUUCAAGUUUUCAGUUCGUGUUUUGUAUAGGUCUCUUCUUUUUUAGUUGAAGAGAGUUGGCAUAGUCGGAGGAACUGCUGGGUUCGUUUUAUGAUUGGGAGCGGUUCCUCCUGCUUAUGGGAAUAGUGCUUCGUCCGUUGCUUGAUCUCUGUUCGAAAGUGAAUACUUGGAUUUUGGAGCCCUCUGGUUGUUCGGUUUCGAAGACUUGGAUGUCGAACUUGGGUGAUCGAGUCACUUGCCAUGAGUGCCGUCUGUUUCCGGCGAGCCACCAGUGUCACCGUUGUGGAAGUUUGCUCUCAGAGCCGCGGGAAUAUGGAGAGAGAUUGCAGCUCCAUGAUUCCCUAAUCCAGUCUCCGAUAGGAUUUCGCCAUAACAGUCUUCCCGACCUGACUCAGAUGCAGCAGUUUUCUUCUUCAACUCUUCUCAGAUGCUCGACUUAUAGGAGUGAUGAGGAAGAGGAUGAAGAUGACAGCGGGAGGCAUUUUGUUAGUCCCACCAGUGAGUUCUCUCAGGAUGUUUCUGAUGUAGAUUCCAUUAGCAUUAGUUGUAGCCAAGAGUCAUGUAGCUUCAAAUCAUUGAAUUCUAGUCCUUGGGAUAGUCCAAGCAGACCUGGUGAUAAUAGUGAUAGCCCUGGGUCUAAGGCUGUUAUUUCAGAUCAAGAAGAGCAGGUUUGCGCAAGGAAGCCUGGGACUGAUGCUGAGGACAGUUACUAUGUGUAUGAUAAUCUUUCACCUUACCGCAGUCAUGUGAACCAUAAGGCUCAGCAGACAUUUGAUUUUGAAAAGAAUGUGUGUAUUUGGUAUCCUCCACCUCCUGAAGAUGAGAAUGAUGAUAUGGAAGAUGGUUUUUUUGAGUAUAAUGAUGAGGAUGAUGAUGUUGAAGGUUCAGGUGUGGAUUACUCGUCAAAUAGCUUUAUUAGUGAUGCCUUUCCAAUCAGAGAGAAACCCAAUGAUACAAAAAAAAAGCAUAUAGGGAAUGCUGUAUGCAGGCAUUUCACAGCUUUGGUGCUGCAGUUGCUUAAAGAUGAAAAAAUUCAGGUUGGCAAUGAGAGUGGUAAGGAGAGAUGGCUAGACAUUGUUUCGUUUUUGGCAUGGCAGGCUGCAAAAUUUGUUAAACCAGACACUAGGAAAGGUGGAAGCAUGGAUCCCGGUCAUUAUGUGAAGGUGAAGUGUGUAACAUCUGGAAAUCCCUGUGAGAGCGCUUUUAUUAAGGGAAUAGUUUGUACCAAAAAUGUGAAACACAAGCGCAUGGUUUCACAGCACAAAAAUCCAAGGAUUUUGCUUUUGGGUGGAGCACUGGAGUACCAAAGGGUUUCUAAUAAGUUGGCAUCUAUAAAUACCGUAAUGGAAAAGGAAAGUGAUCACCUGAAGAUGGUCGUCUCCAAGAUAGAGGCUCAUCGACCUAAUGUGCUUCUUGUUGAAAAAAGUGUAUCUUCUUAUGCACAGGAGUACCUUUUGGCCAAGGAAAUAUCAUUAGUGCUGAAUGUUAAGAGGUCGAUUUUGGAGAGGAUAUCCCUUUGUACUGGUGCUCGGCUAGUUCCGUCAAUUGAUUAUAUUGCUUCAGCGCAGCUGGGACAGUGUGAGGUAUUUCGUGUUGAGAAGGUUGUUGAAGAAUGUGCAUUAGGUAUCCAACCAAGCAAAAGAUCUGUGAAGACAUUGAUGUAUUUUGAAGGUUGUCCAAGGCGUUUGGGUUGUACGGUUAUUCUGAGAGGCCCUUGUCUGGAGGAGCUGAAAAAGGUUAAGCGUGUUAUUUCAUUGGCAAUCUUUGCAGCCUAUCAUCUAUCACUUGAGACCUCAUUUCUUGCAAAUGAGGGUGCCACACUUCCUGAACUUCCCAUUAAGAGCCCGAGCUCUAUUUCAGAGAAUGUAAAGGAUGCUGGUGCUGUUGCCAAGGCCUCAAUGUCAGCUGGGUCCAGCAUAGUACAGCCAAUUGCAGAAAAGCAUCAAAGCCCAUUUGUGUGCUCAGAUGCUUUAAAUCUAAAUGAGAGAAUCCUCAAAAUUGCUGCUGAGCAAAAUGAUCAUAAUUGUUCACUUGACGACAAGCUCUCUAAUGAUAUUUCUAGUUUAUCCACCUGUAAUACGCUGGGUCAGAUGGAGAGCACUAGAAAUGUAGGCCUAUGUCAACAACCUAAAUGUCAUAGUACAAUAAUUGACAGAAUUCAGGUAGGAGAUGGUAGUCCAGUCAGAGAUAAAAAAAGCAUAUCUACUUAUAAGCCCUUGAUAUCCGCUGAAUAUGCUGACAGACAUGAUUACUUGGAGGUACCUGAUGAGUACUAUUGCACAGCUGACAGCCAGAGCAUCUUAGUUUCUCUGUCAAGUACAUGUAUUCCUAAAGGAACUGUGUGUGAACGCUCUCAACUUUUCCGUAUCAAGUUUUAUGGUAGUUUUGAUAAACCAUUACGAAGGUAUCUCCAUGAGGACUUGUUUGAUCAGCAGACUUCCAGCUGCAGAUCUUGCAAUGAACCAGCUGAUGUUCAUAUCCGUAGUUAUAUUCACCAGCAAGGCAGUCUUACAAUAAGCGUUAAGCGACUGACUUCAAUGAAGUUGCCUGGUGAGCGAGAUGGAAGGAUAUGGAUGUGGCACAGGUGUCUCAUGUGUGAACCCAAGGAUGGAAUCCCACCUGCUACGCAUAGAGUAGUCCUGUCUGAUGCAGCUUGUAGUCUAUCUUUUGGGAAAUUUUUGGAGCUUAGCUUUUCAAACCAUGCAACCGCUAAUCGUUUGGCAAGUUGUGGCCAUUCUCUGCAAAAAGAUUGCCUUCGCUUCUAUGGGUUUGGCAAUAUGGUUGCUUUCUUUCGCUAUUCACAUGUAGACGUUCUUUCUGUAUGCUUACCACCUCUGGUGCUUGAUUUUUCUUGUCACACUAUGCAGGAGUGGCUGAGAGGCGAGGCAAAUCUGAUCCUUUCAAGUUUGGACUCCCUGCACUUGGAGAUCUUUAACGCCUUUGAGAAAAUUGAGCUGAAGAUUUCAAGAUGUGAUAGUGAACCCAUAAAGGAAAUUAUACAUAAGCAUAUUUUAGAGCUGAAAGAUGUCCUGCAAAGAGAUAAAAUGGAUUAUGAUGUCUUGCUCAAACCAGCGUCUGUGGAGAAUGGUCAAAUCUCUCAAGGAACUCUUGAUAUCUUAGAACUAAAUCGGUUGAAACGCAGACUUUUAAUUGACUCUGUCAUGUGGGAUCGCCGGCUUUGUCUGCUAGAUUCCUUUUCCAAUUCAAACGGUUCUAAUGCAAAGAGUCAACCCCAAUCUCCGAAAGAAAUUACUCAUUGCAUCAAUACUGAGCUCUGGACUGAACCUGUUUUUAAGGAGGAACUGAGUGGUUCAUCUGUGCAAUGCAAUGUGAGGUCACCCUCCCUCUCAGAGAAAUGCAAUAAAAAGCUACAUGAAGAGUUCGGCAAGCAUAUUUUAGAAUACAAUACAAGUAACUUCGUUGAGAUGGAUUUGUCAAUUGAGACUGUCGGAGGCUAUGUUGGUGCAGCAGGUCUCAAUUUGAUUUCUGGUCAAUGUUAUAGAGGGGAUGUAGAUCAAUUAGGAUCCAUGGGGAGAGAUACUUCUUGCUCGAUGGGUGUAAAGCCACGAGCAUCUAACUUGUCUGAUAGAAUUGAUUUGGCAUGGACUGGUUCAAGCCAAUCACUGACUGGUCAGCUUUCCAGCGAUGAAGAAGCUGACUUGUUAGGACAACAUAGUCUGUUGAAUAGUCCACGCAACAAGAAAUUGAUGUCUCCAGUCAGGGUCAGUUCUUUUGAUUUUGCUUUGAGACCGAGGAACAGACUCCGUCAAGGAUUACCUCCGCUUUCAUUGCAUUUGUCUUCUGUCAAAUCAUUUGAUUCCUCUAGAGUUUCUGGUGGCAUGGUUUCAAUCCCUAGCACUCAGGAAUUUAGCCGAAGAUCCCCUUCAUCUAUCAACAGUUUAGGUUUACUUUCUGGUCAUAAAUCCGUCUUUAUCUCAUCUGUUUCUUGUACAGCGAGUGAAGCAGCCCGAUUGCUAAUACCUCAAAAAGGCCAAAUCGAUGUAGUAAUCGCACUUUAUGACAAUGAGCCAACAAGCAUUAUAUCCUAUGCAAUUUGUUCACAGGAACAUACCAAUUUCAUAAGCUGCAAAGCUAUCCAUCAUGAGAUAAACUCUGAGGACGUCAUAUUAAAUACUGGUUUAGCAAGCUCAUCAGUUUCUCAGUUUCAAGGAGAUGAUACUCAUCCUAUGGGCCACGGAUUAGAUGAGUCUAAGCCUCUUCAUGGGAGUAGAAUUGCAGAUCACAAAAAUGUUCAUUUCAAAUUUGCAUUCGAUGACGACUAUUCAAUUAAAGGUCAUAGAGUAAAAUUCUCUGUUACGUGCUAUUUUGCAAAGCAAUUUGAUGCACUGAGGAAGAAAUGCUGCCCAAAUGAUCUUGAUUUCAUUCGUUCUCUAAGCCGCUGCAAGAAAUGGAAUGCCCAAGGUGGUAAAAGUAAUGUUUAUUUUGCCAAGUCACUGGAUGAAAGGUUCAUCAUUAAACAGGUAACAAGAACAGAGUUGGAUUCUUUUGAAGACUUUGCUCCGGAUUACUUCAACUAUUUAACAAAUUCAAUAAAUACUGGAAGUCCCACCUGUCUUGCUAAGGUCCUUGGCAUUUAUCAGGUGACUGUCAAGCACUUAAAAGGUGGAAGGGAAGUGAAGAUGGACUUAAUGGUGAUGGAAAACCUUCUUUAUGGAAGGAAUGUUUCAAGAGUUUAUGACCUCAAGGGUUCAUUACGUGCCCGCUACAAUGCUGAUACUUCUGGGUCCAACACAGUUUUGAUGGAUUUGAAUCUGUUGGAGACAUUACGCACAAAGCCAAUUUUUCUGAGCAGCAAGGCAAAAAGAAAAUUUGAAAGAGCUAUCUGGAAUGAUACAUCAUUUCUUGCGUCCAUUGAUGUCAUGGAUUAUUCAUUGCUUGUGGGUGUUGAUGAGAAGAAAAAAGAACUGGUUAUAGGAAUCAUAGAUUACAUGAGGCAAUAUACUUGGGACAAGCAGCUGGAAACAUGGGUUAAGGCUGCAGGAAUCCUCGGCGGCAGCUCCAAGAAUUCCUCUCCAACUGUUAUAUCUCCAUUGCAGUACAAGAAAAGGUUCAGAAAAGCCAUGUCCAACUAUUUCCUCACUGUGCCAGACCAAUGGUCUUCAUGAGCUUCUCUCAAGCCUAUUUGUUCUCAAAUCAUGGGAGAGAGCCUGGAGGCUUCUGAAAAGGUAUAUAUUCCUCAUAUAUAUAAAGAGGAAAGGAUGAAAGGUAUUUUCUUCUUCUUCUUCUUCUUCUUCUUCACAUAACUUUGUCUUUUUGUAUUUUU